GAUGAUAAUUCGAAGAUAUUGACAAGCCAUAACCAAGGUACCAAUAAAACCAAUUUCUCACCACUCAAUCAAAACUAUGUUCUAUUUCAACAAAAAUGAAGUUAUAACUUUAUCUGGACACAACAUUUGAUUGAGGCAACGCUUAGGUUAUUAUUUUAUUGAGGACUUUUUUUACAAACGUUGAAUUUUUAUAAUUCUUUUUUAUCAAAAGGCAUUGCUUCAAUGUGGAAAAAUUACUAUCAGUGGCCGUUGUAUAAUGAACACCAAGAUCGCAAGAUCUUUACUGCAGCCGUAAAACUUGCACGUCAAAUUGUGUUUGUAUAGCCUGUGGUUUGACGCAGUUCACACGUCAUUUACACUCAACAAUGUCUCAAUGUUCUCCUGAACAGGUUCAGUGUUUUAAGAACUGGCAAUGACUUCUCUGUUAACUUUUCACCUUUUGAGUGUUUGACAAUAUUUGAGCAUCGUUAGUGACAUCAGACAGAAAUAGUUUGUACCUGACAGUUGGCAGAUAAUAUGUGGUAUUUGUGAUAACAAGGCAAACCCGUUGUUUUGUUAUCAAACAUAGUUCUUGGGCUAUCGAAAUGUUAACUGAAAUGUAUGAUGACAUUUUGCUAACUUUUCAGCGAGCGCACAACAGAAUGAACGUGCGUAAGCGCAGCCCGAGCGCAGGCGUGAUCAGUAGCCCAAGCCGACAGAAAGGCCUGGCAAUGUCUAGUUCAGUCUCUAACAUUUCGUUUCGAUAUCACCCAGAAGAUGAGGAAUUGGAAGAUAUCUAUGACACGUCAAGCAGUAUCAUCGUCAAGUCUGAGGGAACUAGUGAGGAUAGCAGUGUCACUGAUACUCCAAGCAGAGUCCUGGGCCGUCUAGGUAUUCGGGAAGAAACGGACAAGUGGAAACUCUUUAGAGAAGUGAAGGGGAGAAUAACAAAGAGCGUGGAGGAAAAGAUAGAGGAGAUCAAGAAGACUGACCGACUGAAGAGUCAGAACAAACAGCGAAGGCCAGUGUUGGGUAUGAUGGAGCAGUCGAGUGUCAGUGAUUCUGAGGAACAGUCUGAGAGUUCACAACCAGCAUCGGACAAGUCAACACGCAGUACAGCCGAGCCGCUUACAGAGGAGCAGGCAGAGUCUGACGCGAGUUGCUCAACACCCGAGCGAUCCACGACACCUGUGCCAUCACCAUCACCAGAAGAGGUGGUGGACGAGGAUACAGAUAGUGCUGGAUACAAGGGGAAGGGAAUUCGGGCAGUGCUGAAGAGGAAAAAGGGGAAGACGAAAAUUGAAAAAGACGGAAAAGAUGUCAAUUUGGAUAAAUCGACAAUAUCAUUCUCAUCAUUGUGUGAUAAGGAUAGUGACUCAGAGGUUGUGGAAGUCGCACAGGAAGUUAGAGAGUUGCCUUUUGAAGGCUCGGAGACUGAACUGGCCAAGGAACUAGACAGGCUAGCCAACCCAACACUGUUCAGACGAGUGGAGAGCUUUGUCUAUGACUGGCAUAUCGUGGUGCUACCUCUAAUCGCAUCCUUAAUCAGUUGGCUCACCCCUCUUCCUCAGUACAUAGCAGGUGUGUUGGUGGGAGCCCUGGGGCUGCUGAUGUUGCAGAAGUUGGUAGGAUUGAUCAGGAUGGUGUGGGGCUAUACUACAUCCCCCAUAGAACACUUCAGGUCCAUGCUACCCCUCCACGAGGUGCCCAUCUUUCGGCGAAGUGUCUACGAGAGUGAUAUCGCAGACACUGUUUUAGAGGGCUGGAUGAAUGAAUACGGGAAGGAAUACAGACCAGAGACCUACCAUGUUAGUCUGACAGAGACAGUCUAUGUGACGCUGGACGGCACCAAGCUCAAGUUGAGCUCGCCACGGUGCAAGGUGCCCAAGCGAUCUUUGUGGAAUGAGCCUCGCUAUAAGCUACUGUUCAAUCGAGAGAGGCUCUAUGACAUCACCAACUGUCGUGUUGAGAUCAAACCUGACAAUCUUAUACACAGAAGGAUCUGGAGUAAGAAAUAUCCAAUUUGUAUUACUUUGACACCGGCAUCAAAGCUGGGUGCCAGACACCGGGAAAAAAACCAGGAGACUGUGGACAAAGACACACCCUGGAUAGAGGAGGAGAAGUACAACUUUGAUACCAUCAGUGAGGAUUCAGAUGACGAUAGGACAGUGCCUUCUGUGAAAGUAGAAGAGAACAGCAACAAUAGUGAUAUUUUUUCCUCCACAAAGCUCAGUGUUGAGGAGACAGUGUCAGUGAACUCUGAGCUUUCAACAGAUCUCACAUUGGAUGACAAGGAUAAGGAAGAAGAGGAAGAUUUUGUGUGCGUGACGGAGGUCAGACAGGACAGUCAACUCUACCUGUUUGCUCGGACAGAUAGGGAGAAGGAAAUUUGGUACCGAAGACUCACAGCUGCAGCCAGAAGCAAUGAUAGUUCAGAGAACUCCAAGAGUUCUCCCACUGAGAAGGCACCUGAACUCGACUAUUUAUCCUUCAUGUUGACAUUGUCUCAGCGCACAGUAGCCCAGUUACCUCCCAGCAAAGAGCAAACUUCCAAGAACAACUCCACUGCCCAGACAGAUCUGAGUAUCUCUAUGGACAUGAUGUGGCUCAAUGCUUUCCUUGGGCGGCUUCUCUACGAUGUCUUCCAGGAUCCAGAAAAACUGGUCAAGAUCCAGGAGAAAAUACAGAAAAAGCUGUCAGCCAUCAAGUUGCCACUAUUCCUGGAGAAAUUGGAAGUGUCACACCUUGAAUUGGGUCAGACAGUACCAAUAGUCCAACGUGCAAUGCGACCCACACUCAACGCCCAGGGUAUCUGGGUUGAUCUAGACAUCGUGUACGAAGGCGGUUUCAAGAUGAUUGUGGACACUAAAGUGAAUCUCAAUCGACUGCGGCAGAUGCAACCAGAGUCUCCCAACAGUGAGAGCCCUAAAAGUGGAUCUCCAGCUAAGAAUGUUUCACUAACACAGCAGAGCGAGUCACAGAGCAAGCGGGCUGUCUAUGAUAGCUCGGUGGAGGACAGUGCAGAAACAUCAAGUGAGGAGUUGGAGUCUACACGGCUGCAGGACCCCAGUGCGGGACCUGUCAAACAGCACAAGUACCUGCGGAUACUCGGCAAGGUUGCACAGAGCAAGUACUUUCAACAGGUGAUAGACUACAAGUUCAUCAAGAAGUUUGUUAACGAAAAUAACCUCCAGCUGAUUGUCGAGGUCAAAGGACUUCUGGGUACUCUGGUGCUGAAUAUUCCGCCCCCACCCAGUGACAGACUGUGGUAUGGGUUUCGCACAAACCCCAAGCUCUGGCUUUCUGCACAGCCAAAGGUAGGACAGCGGCAAGUUCACGUCAUUUCGCGUAUCAUUGAGAAAAAACUUAGCCUCGAGUUUCAGAGGCUACUCGUGCUGCCCAACAUGGAUGAUCUUCUCAUACCGCUGAUGGACCAUAGAGUACCGAGCUGAUCUCCUUCUCCUCCUCCUUCCCAUGUUACCUAGACGUACCAAACCAAAAAGUGUUUAGUCUUAGCCCCUAGUUUGUAGAACUGCAAAGUUAUGUCGCCUUGAAGCAACAGCCUUCUUGAUUUAGUUGUUUCUUAUGUCUUGGUGAAGAUUUUUCACUUUAUAAAUGGGAAUGUUUGUUUUUUCAUGCAAUUUUAAGCGAAGACAAUUUUUGUGUAUUAAUAUUGGAAAAAUACUCCGCUUCAUGGAUAUUGAGUAUUUUAGUACUUAAAUUGCUGUUUAAGAAGUUCUUAUAUUAAUACAACACUUAUUGAUCACUGUAUUUCUUAUUUAGUACUGUAUGGUAUAAAAUAUCUCAGACUUAAAGGUUCUAUACCAAAUUAGACUGUGAUGAUAAAAUUUGAUUCCGUAGAAAUAAUUAUAAUUUUAGAUUAUUCCUUUUUGUUUUAGUUAAUAAUUUAUGCUUUGCAUUUAUAUUGUUGAAUGAUUGAGUGAAUUUGUAUUGCUGUAAUUUACUCCUACUGGAGAAACUGUAAAUGUUGCGCUUAUGUCAAUUUUGAUUUGUUAAUUUUUGUAUUACUUUGUUAAUUUAGAUUUUAUUUGUGUAUUAAUUGUUACUUUUUUGCUUGUAAAAUAGUAUGAGAGAAAUAUUGAUGCAAACUUUUUUUUUAUUUUUGCCUUUUUGUUUUCCAAAUAUCUUUCUGUUGUUUUAUGUUAGUUUAAGUUUAUGACAAAAAUUAUUAAAAAAUAUAGAAGACUAUAAUAAU